CCCGGCGGAGGGAGGGCCUGGGCGGUCGGGUUGGCGGGGGCGGGGUUCUCCUUCCGUGCCUGAGCCCCAGCAGCCUGAGGCGGAAGGGAGCGACGGCGGCAGGGCAGGCGGGCGGCAUGGCAGGAGCUGGGGACGCGCGCGGGCCGGGCCCCGCGGCCGGGGAGCCGCCGCCGCAGCAGCGCGGCGCGUGCCAGGUCUUCCCCGAGCGGCCGGCCCAGGGGAAGCCCCCGCAGGAGGGGUUCCUUUCCGGCUUCUUCACCAACGACCAGAAGUGCCCGCUCAUGCUCCUGAAGACGCUGGAGACAAAUCCGUACGUCAAACUUCUACUUGAUGCCAUGAAGCACUCAGGUUGUGCUGUUAACAAAGACAGACACUUUUCCUGUGAAGAUUGUAAUGGGAACGUCAGCGGAGGUUUUGAUGCUUCGACAUCUCAGAUUGUUUUGUGCCAGAAUAAUAUCAGUAAUCAGGCCCACAUGAGCAGAGUGGUCACCCACGAGCUCAUUCAUGCAUUUGACCAUUGCCGUGCUCAUGUCAACUGGUUCACCAAUGUCAGACAUCUGGCCUGCUCAGAGGUUCGAGCUGCCAACCUUAGUGGAGACUGCUCACUCGUAAAUGAAAUAUUCAGGUUACACUUUGGAUUAAAACAACACCAUCAGACGUGCGUGCGAGACAGAGCCGUUCUUUCUAUCCUGGCCGUUAGGGAUGUCAGCAAAGAAGUAGCUCAGAAGGCUGUUGACGAAGUGUUUGAACCUUGUUUCCAUGACCAUGAGCCUUUUGGAAGGAUCCCACAUAACAAGACUUACGCAAGAUAUGCCCACAGAGACUUUCAAAACCGCGAUCGGUAUUACUCAAAUAUAUGAAGACAAUGACAUUUCAUAUUACAGAGCUUCAGUGACCAUGAGGGAAAUGUGGUUCUCGAGUGCACCAACGUAUGAAACAUAAAUGAUCAAGUAAAUACAGAUAAAACACAGAAGAUGCUGGUUCUAGCGUAUGAUCGGAAAAAGUAACUGUGGCAAAAAACGAAACUGCCUUAAACUCCAAGGCCAAAGUCAUAUCUUUAUAGCUAACCAUUUGGCACAUAAGGCAAAUAAAUUACAUUUUUGUAUUUUCUA